GCACACUAAUUCUCAGCCAGAGAAACGAAAACAAACGGAUAAAGCUAAUUCCAGGAGCCGAUGUUCUUAGUGAGAAGCGAUGGAAACCACCACUCUCCACCAGCUUCUGGCUUCUAAACCCCCGCUCUUAACCAUUAAUCCACAUGAAUUCUCACGUAUAUCUCAGAAUCAGGUCUCCUUUCUCUCCCUACGCCGUAAGCAGGCUCUCAAAAUCAAUCCGAUCAAUGCCGCCGGCCCCGACGGCGGCGACAGUACGCCUCCGCAGGUUCCGCAGGCAGUAACGCCUCCGGAGACGGUGGAAGUUCGGUUCCGGAAGAGGUCGAGAAGACGAUCGAAACAGGAGAGCGAGGAUGGAGCGGCGACGGGGAAUGGGCGGCCGAGGAAGGCGCCGGUGGAGAUCGCUUCCGAGAAGGCGAAGAAGUGGGAGGAUAUGAGCGUGGCGGAGAAGGCGACGGAGUUGUAUAUGGGAGAGAAGGGUUUGUUGUUUUGGCUCAACAAAUUUGCUUAUGCUUCAAUUUUUGUGAUGAUUGGUGGUUGGAUAGUGUUUCGUUUUGUUGGGCCGUCGCUUAACCUCUACCAAUUGGAUACUCCGCCAUUAUCGCCGACUUCCAUUUUCAAGGGUUAGUGAUCACCGGAACCACCCCUCUCUCUCUCUAUACUCCUUCGAUCCACUGCGGCUGCUCAAGUAUCGUUCCAUCAUUAUGAAAUGUUGUUUUGGAGACUUUUUUUUUUUUCAUUUUUUUUUCAUAUAAGUGAUAUGGAGAACUGGGAGAUUAUGAAUUGGGUUUACUUAUUUUCUCUCAAACUAUGUUGAACAAUUGACAGAAGUCGGGUAAUUCAAAAUUUUCUCAAAUCAAAA